CCUACCACUCAAAAAGAAAAGCUCUCUCUCAAGAAGAAUCUGUGUCCAUUAAGCAGCACUCACCAACAUCACCUUUACACCACCCUUUCUCACAAGCAAUUCCAUUCUUUCUUAUAAACUCACUUCUCUCUUGUUACAUACAGUUGAUUGAUUUUUCAUCUGUUCAUGUUUUGCGUUUUCAUCGUCUUUCAAGAAGAUUAGUUGAGCUUUGACGUCGUUUUCUGAAAGGAAAAUGGCAGUUACCCAUGCCGAUCUUUCCCCGGGUAAUCAGUAUUCUGAUUUAGGUAGUAAAACUGGUGUUUUUCUUAUGUUCUUGUCUAUUCUUUUUGGUCUUGGUAGUUUCAUUCUUUGCCUCAUUGCCGAAACAACAAGAUCUCAGGUUUCAUGGGUUGUUUCGAAUAUUAAAGGUGAAGAGAGAUAUGAAUGCAUAUAUAGUGGUAGUGGGAGGAUACCAUUAGUAUGUGCUUGUGGAGCAUUUCUUGGUUUGGCCGUUGCAAUGGUCAUGGAACAUGCUUACAUGUUAAUUGCUGUGAGUAAAUCAUCACCUCCAGCUAUAAUUGCUUGGAGUACUCAGGAUUCGAACUCCGUCAAGAGUCUUACAUGGCGAGCCGGAUUUUUUUUCAUCACGACUUGGAUUUGCUUUGCGGUGGCAGAGGUGCUAUUGUUGAUUGGGCUCGGAGUUGAAUCAGGUCAUCUAAGGAAAUGGUGGAGACCGAGACCGAGUUGCCUGGUCAUUCGUGAAGGUUUGUUUUUGGCCGCUGGAGUAUUUGGCUUAACCACGGUAUUCCUUGCUUCGGGCUUAUACUUAACGGCAUUGCGAGCACAAAAGCUCCGCCAAGAAGAAGAAAAUUUUCGACAUGAAAUAUUCCAAACGUCAAUUUUGUAUGCUUCUCCACCAAGAUCACCUCGAGGAAGGCUUUUUGUCGAGAACGUGGUUGGGGAUAAUCCGGUUACUAAUAUACAAGUACAUAACAGCAUACAGCCAUUACAGAGAGAGCCACAAUCUUUUGUCUUCCACAAACCUAUAUCGAGUAAUCAAUUAGGACACGAUGUGAGCCUUCCUUCAAUGGUAGAAACAAGAAGAUCCGAUUAAGACAAUAAAAGAAUUAAGAAGGACGAAUCAUCAAGAUUCGAAGCUUUAGGAGUCUGAAGCUCGUUUGAUGUAUUUUCUAUCUUUAUAUGUGAACCAAAAGAAAAAGGGUUAUGCAAACAAAGCAUAUACCACUAACGUUAAGUAUAAUUUUGUAUAUAGACAAAUACACAUGUAUAAAUUCAGUUUUCCGAACAAGGAAAAUGUUAUUAUGGUUUUCAUUUAAGCUGAGUUUGUAACUGCUGGAAAGCCAACAGCUAAACCCAAUGAUCUCUAGGUGAUGAUUCAAGUGGAGGUCAGUCAAAUAUGAGGAACUAAGGCCGUGUUUGGGAGCUUUGAUUACAUAAAGCUUAGUUAGGGAAUUUUUUUCUCUAACUUGAGCAGGAUUAUCUCAAGAUGUAUUAAUAAAGAUGAUGUUUGUCUUUCCGUUAUAUCCAUCACGGGUUUAUCA